AUGCAAAAAGUGAUACUUGCGGACUUCAUCCUGUCUCUCAGUGGUUUCAUGAACUCCAUGAACUUGCUACAUGGGCAGCGUACGUUCCUAAAACUCGUCGGCAGUGGACCAGAGAAUUCUUCUAUCUACUUCUUCUACUCUUUCUACUUCUUCUACUUCUUCUACUUCUUCUACUUCUUCUACUUCUUCUACUUCUUCUACUUCUUCUACUUCUUCUACUUCUUCUACUUCUUCUACUUCUUCUACUUCUUCUACUUCUUCUACUUCUUCUACUUCUUCUACUUCUUCUACUUCUUCUACUUCUUCUACUUCUUCUACUUCUUCUACUUCUUCUACUUCUUCUACUUCUUCUACUUCUUCUACUUCUUCUACUUCUUCUACUUCUUCUACUUCUUCUACUUCUUCUACUUCUUCUACUUCUUUAUUAGCUUCUUUCACGUCUUCUUCUUCUUUGACUCCUUUCCUAUUAGUUGCUGCUCAGUAUUCGACACCUACAAGCUUUAA